AAGAGUAUAAGCUGUUCUGGCCGAAUCAACAGGAGUUUGUGAGGAUGGCUGCUCGUUUUGGCGCUACAAUUGUACCGUUCGGUGCUGUUGGAGAAGAUGAUAUGGCACAACUGGUUUUAGAUUAUAACGACUUCAUGAAAAUCCCUGUACUUAAUGACAGCCUCAGAGAAGUAAAUGAGAAUUCUGCUAAAGUGAGGGAUGUGGGUAGCGGAGAGGUUGCUAGUCAGGUUCUUUUCGUCCCUUUGCUCUUUCCGAAGAUACCUGGUCGUUUAUAUUACCUGUUCGGUAAGCCAAUAGUAACUAAAGGGCGAGAGGAGUUUCUGAAGGAUAAGAAAAACGCUAACGAUCUGUAUAAUCAUGUGAAAUCUGAAGUCGAACUUAGUUUAGCUUACUUGAUUAAGAAGCGAAAGGAGGAUCCAUAUCGAAGCCUUAUCGACCGAACGGUGUAUAGAGCCAUAUACUCCUCUCAACAUGAAGUUCCUACAUUUGACCCUUGAAUUUGGUUUUGUUCUUCCAUCCCAGCCUGAAGAAGAUGCCUAUGUUACAGUAUAUUUUGCUCAUUUUU